AUGGGUUCACUUCAGUGUGCCCACGUGCUUCUUUUUCCAUUCAUGGCCAAAGGCCACACCAUCCCCCUCCUCGACUUCGCCCACCUCCUCCUCCGCCGCAACAUAUCCGUCACCGUUCUGACCACCCCCGCCAACCGCCCAUUCGUAACUGAAUCCCUCCAAAACACAACUGCGUCCAUUGUCGAUAUCCCAUUCCCUGCUAACGUCCCGGAUAUUCCCACCGGUGUCGAGAGCACCGAUAAACUCCCUUCCAUGUCUCUGUUCCAGAAGUUCGCCUCUGCCACUGUGCGCAUGCAGCCCCACUUCGAAAGGAUGCUGGAGACUCUACCGAGUGUAAGCUUUAUAGUUUCUGAUGGCUUCUUAUGGUGGACCCUGAACUCGGCAUCCAAGUUUGGUAUUCCGAGACUGGCGUACCUCGGCAUGAGCUCUUACUCUGAAGCCAUUACCAGAGAAGCUUUUAUCUCUGGGAUCUGCUAUGGGCCCCAGCCUGAAGACGAGCCAGUCAAGUUGAAGCGGUUCCCGUGGAUCCGGCUCAGCAAGAACGACAUAGACCCCGAGAUUCGAAACCCAGACUCGGAAGGUCUUGCUUAUAAUGAGCUCAUUGUGAAGGUGCUUUCAUCCACCGCUGAAAGCGGAGUGUUGGUGAACAACUUCUAUGAGCUGGAGCCUGUAGGAGCCAAGGAAUAA